UCAAUCCCAUGCUAUAAAUGCAAUACUUUUGUCGGUGAAAAACUUUGGAUGAAACAUCUGCAAAAAUGUCCGCUCCCAUCAUUUGAUGAGAUCCCUGCAAUCAGAUCUGCUGGGCUACACUGUCACAUCUGCACUUAUAAAAUCAAAAUAGAAAAAGUACGUAGGCGCACUUCUGAAUCCAAUCGGAUGUUUGCUCGUCAUAUGUAUUCCAAACAUGGCAUUGUCCAAUCUGGGUCCAGACUUCUGAAAUGUGCUGAUGAAUAUAGAAAGGAACCUGAUUGUACUUAUGCUACUAUUGAAGAACGAGAUUUGAAAGGCCAUAUCAAGAGAAAACACAUACAAGAUAAAAUUGAAUCAGAAACAGAAAUGGUACAGAAACCAAAAUUACAAUGCAAGGAAUGUGGUCGAAGGUAUUCUAAAAAGACUGCUUUGGAGGACUGUUUAGAAGUACAUAGCAGGAGGGAACCAGUUCAAUGUCGCGUGCCUUCUUGUAUGCGCACCUUCCAGACUAAGAGGAGAGAAAAGCGGCAUUACAAGAAAAUUCAUGAUGAGAGGGCUGCAGAAAAGAGAAGAACCAAAUUGGAUUCCAAUGUUCCCAAUACUUGUCAAGCUUGUGGUGUUUGCUUUAGAGAAAGACCUUCUUUGGUACGCCAUGAAUCUAAGGUUCACAAAAUUCCACUACCAAAGGGUUAUAAAAGAUAUCAGUGCAAUGGCUGCAGUUUUUGGGAUAUUUCCCGAUGCAAGGUCAGGGUCCACGAACGUCGACAUGAAAAGCUAGGAAUUAAGCAAUACUCAUGUGAAGUCUGUGGGAAGAAAUUUACCAGUUUCUUUUCAAAGGAAAUUCAUUGCAGAACAUACCAUGAAGGGAAGGGGUACAAAUGUGAACAUUGUGAUAAACUGCUACCAAGGAAAGAUAGUCUAAUUCAACAUACUAGAAUCAUGCACACACAUAAGAACAUCAAAAGAUACCAAUGCCAUCUUUGUGAGCACUGCUGCAAAAUUAAGGGAAACUUACGCCUUCAUCUUAGAAAUAAACAUAAACUUACAGUGGCCACACAUAGCAAAGGUUCAAGUGUGAGUAGUGAACAACUUAAGGAUGCAGUUAUAAUAACCAAGGAAGGAAAUGUUGUACCAU